GGGGAGUGGCUUCCCGCCGCCCUUCCCCUCCUGGCGGGCGCCGGGCAGACUGCUGCAGUCGCAAGCGGCGAGCGCAGUGGGCGGGGCGGGCUUGGCGGGGCCGGGCGGCGGCGCUGCGCUGACGGGCUGAGUCUGGCGGCGGCGGCAGCUGCAGAGGCCACCGAGGCGCUAACUGGGUGGCCGGUGGGCCGCUGUGGCCUCGAGCAGCCUCUUCGCGCGGCCCCGCACCCCGCAAGCAGCAGCGGGCCGCGACGCCCAGCCUGCCAGUGAGCUGCGGCGGGCACACCCCGGAGCGUCGGCGACUGCGGACAGGUUAGAGUGGGGGCAGGGGCGGGCGCGGGAGCAGCCCAGGGCCAGAGAGGGAGCCCGAGCCAGGCCAUCUCCAACCAUGUCCGACGAGGCCUCGGCCAUCACUUCCUACGAGAAGUUUCUAACCCCCGAGGAGCCCUUCCCACUCCUGGGACCUCCUCGCGGGGUGGGCACCUGCCCGAGCGAGGAGCCGGGCUGCCUGGACAUCAGCGACUUCGGCUGCCAGCUGUCCUCCUGCCAUCGCACCGACCCGCUCCACCGCUUCCACACCAACAGGUGGAACCUAACUUCUUGUGGAACAAGUGUUGCCAGCUCAGAAGGCAGUGAGGAGCUGUUUUCAUCUGUGUCUGUUGGAGAUCAAGAUGAUUGCUAUUCCCUGUUAGAUGAUCAGGACUUCACUUCUUUUGAUUUAUUUCCUGAGGGGAGUGUCUGCAGUGACGUCUCUUCUUCUAUUAGCACUUACUGGGAUUGGUCAGAUAGUGAGUUUGAAUGGCAGUUACCAGGCAGUGACAUUGCCAGUGGGAGUGAUGUACUUUCUGAUGUCAUACCCAGUAUUCCAAGUUCACCUUGCCUGCUUCCUAAAAAGAAAAACAAGCACCGGAAUUUAGAUGAACUCCCUUGGAGUGCAAUGACAAAUGAUGAGCAGGUGGAAUAUAUUGAGUAUCUGAGUCGGAAAGUGAGUACUGAGAUGGGUCUUCGGGAGCAACUUGAUAUUAUUAAGAUCAUUGAUCCUUCUGCUCAAAUCUCCCCUACAGACAGUGAGUUUAUUAUUGAACUUAACUGUCUCACAGAUGAAAAACUGAAGCAGGUCAGAAACUAUAUCAAGGAACAUAGCCCUCGCCAACGGCCUGCAAGAGAGGCCUGGAAGAGAAGCAACUUUAGUUGUGCAAGCACCAGUGGAGUGAGCGGUGCCAGUGCCAGCGCCAGCAGCAGCAGUGCCAGCAUGGUCAGUUCUGCAAGCAGCAGUGGGUCCAGUGUUGGAAACUCUGCUUCAAACUCCAGUGCCAACAUGAGUCGAGCACACAGUGACAGCAACCUGUCUGCAAGUGCAGCAGAGCGGAUUCGGGAUUCAAAAAAGCGAUCCAAGCAGCGGAAGUUACAGCAGAAGGCCUUCCGCAAGAGGCAGCUGAAGGAGCAGAGGCAGGCCCGGAAGGAGAGGCUCAGUGGGCUCUUCCUUAAUGAAGAGGUGCUGUCCUUGAAAGUGACUGAGGAAGACCAUGAAGCAGAUGUUGAUGUUUUGAUGUAAUAAGGGUGAAUUUAUCAACAUUCUUUGUGAGCAUUAAAAUACUCCAUCCUUAUUGGUUUACAUGCAUCUUGACCAAAAUUUUGGUUAGGGCUGUGCUGAUGUACCAUUAAUAAUUUAAGCCAGUGGUUCUUGGCAGUUGGUCCCAAGACCUGCAGUUUCAGCAUCGCUUGAGAAGUUGUUAGGAAUGCAUACUACUGGGGCCUGCCCCCAGACGUAGUGAAUCAGAAACCAACAGGGAAGUGCCUAGCAUUGUUUUUUUAACAAGUGCUGGGUUAUUCUGAUGCACAGUCUAGUUUAAGAACCACUACUUUGGGUAAACAUUUUGACUGUUUAAAGUUUAUGGUGGUGAAAAAGUGUAUGGGCUUCUUCAAAGACUAGUACUUACACAGUUUAGAAGAUUUCAAGGUACUGCUGACAGUAGUUUAUUAUGUCAGUAUACAUACAUGUGUAGAGAUCGUAAUUUAGUUCCCUUCUUAAUGUUACAAUUUCUUAGUUUACUUUUCCUAAAGGGCCAUAGCAUAAUUCUUGAUUCCUGGUGGAAAUCUUUUCUGAGGUGUGGGGGUGGGCAAGGUGUGGAUCGCUGUUUACGAUAGUGCCUUCAUUAGUUUUAGUUCUGUUUUCAUUCAUUAUUGACUCAAAGGUAUUAGAACAGGCCCUCAUCUUUUUCCUAUUAGAUUUAUUUUUGUUUUUUACUUUAUGUAAGUUCAGAAUCCUUUUUUAAGUGAUGACUACUGAUGAAAUAAUGUUACUAGUAGCUGAAUUUUAGACUUGAUGCUAUGUUGAUUAAUAUUUAAAUGGUGAAAGUAAUUAGGCAAAAUAAGCAAUUCUGCUUUUCUGUUGCUUUCAGAAUUUUUAGGCUGUAAAAUUGUCUCAGGCAGGAAGUCAGUCUAUAUCUCUCUCAAGUUCUUAUUGUAGGUCAUUUUUUUUUCAGCACAGCUCUAAUUUUUAAAUAUUUGGUGUAACAGCUUCUGGCAUGUGACCUAGUUACUGUUGAAAAUUAACUGAUGAAAACCCUUAUAGAUCUGCUAAAUUUCUCUAUAAAUUGCUAGAAAUAUACAGAGCAAUGAGAUAUAGAAAAACCUUAGCUUGUUGGUUAUUAAUAGAGCUCUAAUUUUAACUGUGAAAUCAUGGAGUUUCUUUAAAUGUUUUCCUAGAGUGUUAUCAUGAACAUUAGAAAUAGCGUUAUUCCUUUUCUUCUACCACGUCUUGAACAUUCACAUGGGUUAAAGAAGAUGGAAACUGAUACUACUGACAAUCAAGCUGCUUUCUGACUUUCAUAAUUUUCUUUAUAUUGUGGAUAGCAUUUUGAAGGUGACCGUGAUUCUGUAGGAAGAGCUGUAAUCAAUAUUUUUCAAACUCUAAGUGUACAGAGGUUAGUAAGAUUUCUACCUUUUUUUUUUUUUUACUUUUUGUUAUAUCAAGUAGCUUAUUAAGAAAAAGAUUCAUGACUUAAAUUCUUAAUUCUCAGUUGAUACAAAGGCUUAUAAUCAUGUGUUUUAAAAUUUUGAUUUCAUUUUCGUUCCUUGAAGGUUAAAGAAUGGAAACUGGGGAUAAAAAUUAAUACAUUGCAGCUUUGCCAAGGUCUGUGAUAUGGUUGUAACCUUUUAAAGACUACUAAAGUCAUAAUUUGAAAUUUUUACUAAAAUAAAACAUAUGUGUCUAUGGUUUUCA